GUCCGAGUGCUAGGAAACAUCCAUCGGCAUACUGUUCAAUGCGUGCUCAUGAUUAACAUGUUUAAUGAAAAGAUAUUUCUGUUUUUAUGGUUUUGGUUCCUCACCGUUGGUGUAAUCACUGUUUUCAACACUUGCUAUUGGAUACUGAUAAUGUUUAUUCCUAGUCAGGUAAGGUUACAGCGAAACGCAUGUUAUAAAAGAGCACUUGCGUACUCAGACCAUUCACUGAACCAAACAUUCCAGGGUAUGUCAUUUGUUCGGAAAUAUUUGCGUGUACUUGCUGACCAUCCAGCUAAGCCUAUCGCCGACGACGUCACUCUGCGGAAGUUCACCAACAACUUUCUGCGGAAAGACGGUAAUUUAUUGCUUUUUAGUGUCUUCAUGCUGCGAAUGAUUUCAACCCAUGCUGGCGAACUGAUGAGUAGUGAACUGAUUUUGGCGCUUUGGCAAGAUUUCAACAACGUGGACCGGUCACCAACGCAGUUUUGGGACGCCGAACACGGUCAAGGCACCCUUGAUUGA